AUGAGCAAAUUACCAGUUGAAAUUCUGGUAUCAAUUAUGUGUUUGUUGACGACAGAUGAAGCAGCAAGAAUGAGUGUGCUUUCUCGGCGAUGGCAUAAGAUUUGGAACCUUUCGAUUCGGAUUACACCUAGGUUAUGUUUUUUUCUGGACAGAGGGUGGUCCUCGGAUAUAAAGCUACGUGAUUUGAGAAAGAAGAGGAGGAAGAGGAUAAUAGAGGUGUAUCAAGUAUUGAAAUUGCAUAAGGCACCUACUCUGCACGAGUUUUCAGUAAUUGCUGUGGACUUGAGAUCAGACGACCAUCAUCAUAUUGAGGCACGGAUGGAUUUCGCUGCUGAGAAACAUGUCAAAGAGCUCACUCUGAAACUUAAUUCUCUUAUGUUUUAUGAUGCUAGUUUCAUAGCUGAUAAUUUUCAUUCGCUCAGGGUUUUGUAUUUGGAGGGAAUAAAUAUCACUGCAGACCUUGUUCACCGUUUAUUCUCCAACUCUCCCAUUCUUGAACGUUUCUCUCUUUUGAGUUUCAAUAAACUUCACAGGUUGAGCAUUGUAUCUGCUCCCAAUCUCAAUUCCUUGUAUAUAGGAAGAUGCAGGGGCCUGCAACAUCUCGAAAUCUCCUCCUCUGCCGAAAACCUUAAUACAAUACAAAUAAUUUACGGUGUUAAUUUCGAAAGCGUCAACGUAUCUGCCCCAAAUCUCUCCCACAUAAUUCUUGCCAUCCAUGGUCGGGCCUUCAAACUCGACGCUUAUGUCACCCUGCUUAGUCAAAUCAAAAGACUUACUUUUGAUGUCUACACGGAAAUUAUUUCGGCUGCAUUUCCUCAAUUUCCUGAGUUUAGCAAGCUUGAGCAUUUGGAAUUGAUAAUGGAUCAUUGUUCCAAAAUAAUACCAGUUUGCCGUUUGCUGGAUAUUCUAAAGGCAGCUCCUUUCUUGAACACUUUCUCAUUCAAGGUGGUGAAGUUGAAUAACUUUGCUGGGAGCCAAUAUGAAGUUGAGUUUUUGUUGGAUUUACUUGAGUACGCUGUGUCAGUGGAGAAAAUAUUCAUUGGCUUUAUGGGUUCAAGUAUUUGGGGGCGUCACUAUGAAGAUAAAUUGAUAAUCAAUAUGAAGAACUCUGCAUUGAGUGUGCCCAGCAACUGA